AUGACAGGAUGGGAUAACUGGCUUGGUGUGCCAAUGAAUGAAUCUUUCCGUGCACAGGAUUGGGGAUACAUCAAGUCUAGUGCGAGCAUGGGGGCGGGUCCUUUUGACAAGGCUCUGUACAGAGCUUAUACCGACGAUACCUUUACCAAGCAGGCUGAGCAGCCUGACUGGGUCGGGUAUCAGGGGCCCAUUCUCCGUGCUGAAGUCGGGGAUAUGAUUGAGAUCAUGUUUGUGAACAAAAUGGAGAACUUCUAUGCGAGCAUUCAUUCUAUGGGCUUGUUCUAUCCAAAGGAAUACGAGGGCUCGAUUUACUUCAACGGCACGAACCAUCCUGCAUUGGGUGAUGCCGUUCCACCCGGCGGUUGUUUCGUCUACAAGUGGCUGGUGCCCAAAACCGCCGCCCCAAACCCCGGGUACCAGAGCAAGCUCUUUGCAUACCACAGCUAUGUGAGCAUGUAUCAAGACCAGGAUGCUGGUCUCAGCGGUCCUGUAAUCAUUUACCCCACUGGUCAAAUGGAGCGGGUCAUGGCUAAGAACCGGGAAUUUGUCGUAUUCUAUGGUGACAACCAGGAAUCCAACUCCUGGUUAGCCUUGCAGAAUGUCCAAAAAUAUCUCCCGCAAGCCUUGUCACAGGCCGCAAACCUGUCCGAUCAGUACCCGUCGCCUUCUUCAAACGCGAACAUGUCUAUCUGGUACCCACAGCUCAUCAAUCAUCCUAAGACCAAUGUGACUACCACUAUGGCACCUAAUUUCUUCCCGAUAAACGGUUAUAUUUAUGCUAACAACCCGGCAUUUGAAAUGUGCCAAUAUGAUAACGUUAUCUGGUACUUGUGGGACAUGGGAUUUGACACUCAUAGCAUCCACUGGCACGGCAACAAUGUAGUAAUGGAUAAUCAUGUUACCAGUGUCGUACCUGUCAACCCUGGCCAGAUGACCACUGUCACCAUGAAUCCCGCCAGUUAUGGCUGGUGGUAUCUUAUUUGUCACUUCAACACCCACCUGGAUAAGGGCAUGGAAGCUAACUACAUAGUCUAUCCUAAAAGCGAGUGCCCUUUACCUCCCCUAAAGAAGAUCUAA